AUGAAGCUCCGUCACGUGGUCCUGGGCUCCCUGCCUCUCCUGAUACUGGCUGGCUGUGUCAGUGCACUCAAAGCCUCCAGCAUCAACCUGCGUACAUUCAUUGGCUGCGCUGUGCGUGAGUUCACCUUCCUGGCUAGGAAACCUGGCUGCAAGGGGAUGCGCAUCACCACGGACGCCUGCUGGGGGCGCUGCGAGACUUGGGAGAAGCCUGUGCUGGAUCCCCCGUACGUCGACGCGCACCAUCGAGUCUGCACCUACAAUGAGACUAAGCUGGUUACGGUGAAGCUGCCGAAUUGUGCUACUGCUGUGGAUCCUUCCUACACAUACCCUAUGGCCAUACGGUGUGACUGUGGGGUCUGUUCCACGGCAACUACUGAAUGUGAGACUAUCUGAGUCCCCCUCCCCUCCCCCCGCUGGACAGCUGCUCUAGGCAUCCUGGGCCAAACUCUGUCCUGAUGUACACCCAGUGCAGCUGCAGGAUUGCAGGUGGUGUAAGUCAGCCCAGAAUUUAACCCUAUGGCUGUAAUGCUUCUAAUCACUGACCCUUCUGUACAGUAGAGGUAUAAGCUUCUCCUAGCUGCCAGUUGUUUAAAGAUCUAUUUGAUGCAGUAAAGUAAUAAGGAGCCUCACAGCAACAUAUCAGAUGAAAAGUACUGAUACAACUUGCUCUAGCCAUAGGCAGUUCACAGUGUGAACUUGCCUUAUGCAUAAAGGGCACGUUUAAUUAGAAGUCAUAAACACGUUGAAAUUGACAAGAAGAGCAUUAAGGGCUUAGUAACAAUGAAUUUGUACAUUUCAGGUUUUAUUUCUCCCAACCCUGAGCCCUGAAUGCACUCAGCAGAAUCCCCUCAACUCCCAUUAGGCUGGUUUCUCUUCUAAUUUACAUGGGUGUAAACCAGGAAUAAUUACAUCAAGGAAAAUGGAAUGAUAGGGCUUUGAGACCAGUAUCAGAGAGACCAGAAUUGGGUUCCGAAACAUCUGUAAUAUAAAUGCAUGAAUGCAAAGAUAGUUGCAUCAUAAUGACCCUGAUGCAGCACUUGCUUAAUUCCUUUGUUUAAUAGGAAUGGACUUUGGCAUGUGCUUCAAGUUGGUACGUUUACGUGUUUUGCUGAACUGGGUCCACUACGCAUGAAAUCUUAUGCAAAAGCCAACCCAGGAGAAAAUUCCUUAAAAAAAGAAAAGGCCCAUCAAAUCUGAAAGAAAAAUUAAACAUUUCUUCCCUUGCUAGUUCUGCUUGGAAAGAGGACAAGAACUGAUUUAAUGUAAAUCACAGAGGCUUUCUAUAGCCUGUGAGUCUCUCUUGAUGAUCUCUCCCACUUUGUCAAGAUGAUCCAAGAGGGGCUAUGUAGGAUCACGCUACAGUCCCCUGUGCAGCUUAGCUCCAUGGAUACUACGUGCUAUGGGCUGGGGUAACGUAACUAGGAUGCUCACCAUGAAAGCUUUAAAAUUGUGCCUCUGAUGCCCAGCUCGCAUUGCCACAGUAUGUGUGAUGUUCGCUGUGCUUAGUGCAGGAGUUUCAUUUAUUUACAAAGACCAUAGCAAAGUUUCCAAGCACUAUCCACAAGUGCUUAGAGAUCCACUGGCCACCACAUGGGGAGAGGGGAACUGUAGCUACAAGUAUACCCCAACAAUGGCCCCGACCACCUGCAAAGAUGUCCUGUGCCCUGGCUCCAGGUUAGGGAAGAGGAUUUGGCAUCUUCUAUCCCUGAAUUGUUUCACUCUACAUACAUAGUUGGUUUGGAUUGUUGUGAGAACAGGAAUUUUGCCCAGUGUGAGCUGUUAGCAGGAGCACACACGAUAAAACAACUUUCCAACAUAGUUGUUCUGAUAGUAUUUCUGAACAGAUUAAUGGUAAACACAUGAUUUACCCAUCUAAACCCUGAUUAGGGCUUGAAAAUCAGGCAAAUCAAAUCAAACAGCCUUGUCUCUUAGUUAGAUUUCCUUCCUGUCCCAAGAAUGCAUGCUCAAAACUACCAAGAAAGCUUACUUGAAGUUUUUUCUGCCCUUUGAAAUAUAUCUUUUAAAUUAAGAUGUAAUUUAUUAAAUGCUGUAAUUUUGCGUAUGUUGAAUUGCAAAAGCUGCAUGCCACUUGUGUAGGAAUAAUGGUGGAUUUGAAUAGCUUUGAAUAGGCAGACUGCUGCCCUGAGCAAUAGUGUAGUAGCAGCUUUCUGCUGACCAGGAUAUUAACUGCCUUUAACAAUUCUGCAGCUUUUUUCAAGUUGCAGCUCCCAUCUCCAUAGUCGUGGUGGUGGUGAUGUAAAUGGCAUUUCUCA